AUGGUGAGCGUCGGGCGGGCGUCCCGAGACGGGGAGCGGGGCCGGUUGGAACCGGCCGGAGCCGGCCGUGGCCGCGGAACCCGGGCCUCCCCGCGCUCAGCCCUGGAGUCUGCGGCCCCGAGUCCGCCGCCGGCGCAGCGCGGCCCUCGGUCGCCUCCGGCCGCAGGGUGGGGCGGGGCCGGCGCCGGGACCCCGGGAGUCCUGUCCUGUCCCUGCGGGGGCGACCUCGGCCCGGCCCGGAGCCCUCACUGGGCAGCCCCGCGUGUCCCCAGAGUGUGCAGUGACGACGGGGUCCUCAGGGGACACCCCGACUCGAGCAGUGGGGCUCGUGCGGGGGAGGAGCUGCGGUCCGUGGGGCCCCUGCCUCGUCUUUCUCCCCAAGGGGGACGCUGGACCAGCUUUGGAGAAAGCCUGGGGCUCCCUCCUGUGGUUGCGCUUGGAACUGUAGCUGAGUCCUCGCCCCACCCACUGGAAAAACCCAGGGCAGGCUGCUUUCCUUGUUCUCAAGCCAUUUCCCACAUGCCCUGGUACCUCCCCCGACCCCGGUCCUCAAUUAUAUCAGUUUCAGUGGCCUUUGAGGAUGUGGCUGUCAACUUCACCUUGGAGGAAUGGGCUCUGCUGGAUUAUUCCCAGAAGAAACUCUACAGAGAUGUUAUGCAGGAAAUCUUUGCACACUUGGCUUCUAUAGGAAAAAAAUGGGAAGAACAGAUCAUUGAAGAUCACUACAAAAAUUACCGCAGAAAUCUAAGGCAUAUCCCAUCUUACAAUGGACCCAAAUCAUAUGCGAAUCAGGAAUGUGGAGAGAAGCCAUAUAAACAUAAGCAAUGUGGGAAAGCCUUCAGUUAUCUGCACUCCAACCGAAUUCAUGAAAGGACUCACACUGGAGAGAAACCCUAUGAAUGUAAGGAAUGUGGGAAAGCCUUUAUUUCCCUCACACAUGUACACAGGCACAUGGCAGUGCAUACUGGAAAUAGACCUUAUGAAUGUAAGGUAUGUGGGAAAGCCUUUGUCUCCUCCAGGUCAUUACAAAUGCAUGAAAGUGCGCACAAUGGAGAGAAUCUCUAUGAAUGUAAACAGUGUGGUAAAGCCUUCAGUUGGUCCAGUUCCUUUCGAAGACAUGAAAGAACUCACACUGUAGGGAAGCCCUAUGAAUGUAAGGAAUGUGGAAAAGCCUUCUUUUCUUUUGCAAAGGUUCAGAGACACAUGAUAACACACACUGGAGAUGGACCUUACAAAUGUAAGGUUUGUGGGAAAGCCUUUUACUUCCCAAGCUCAUUUCAAACACAUGAAAGGGCUCACAGUGGAGAAAGACCAUAUGAAUGUAAAAAAUGUGGUAAAGCCUUCAGUUGGUUAAAUUCCUUUCAAAGACAUGAAAGAACUCACACUGGGGAGAGACCCUGUAAAUGUAAGAAAUGUGGGAAAGCCUUCAAGUCUCUUGCAAAUGUUCAAAGACACAUGAUAGUGCACACUGGAGAUAGACCUUAUAAAUGUCACAUAUGUGGAAAAGGCUUUAAGUAUUCCAGUUCAUUUCAAACUCAUGGAAAGACUCACCAUGAAAGAAAACACUGUGAAUGUAAGGAAUGUGGGAAAGUCUUUAUCUCUCUUGCAAGCGUUCAGAGACACAUGGUACUGCACACUGGAGUGGGACCUUAUAAUUGCAAGAUAUGUGGAAAAGCCUUUGACUAUCCCAGUUCACUUCGAUUACAUGAAAGAACUCACACUGGAGAGAAACCCUUUGAAUGUAAACAGUGUGGUAAAGCCUUUGGUUGGUCUAAAUCCCUCCAAGUACAUGAAAAAAUUCAUAGUAGAGAGAAACCUUAUGAAUGUAAACAAUGUGGUAAAGCUUUCAGGGAUUACAGUUCCUUUCAAAGGCAUGAAAAAAUUCAUACUGGAUAA